AUGGAUCAACACGCUGGAGAUGGCGCUGGACAGCUCCCUAACCAGAAUGAUGAACAGCCCCCUAACCAGAACGAUGGACAUCUCCCUGGCCACGACUAUGCACAGUUUCCUCAACAUAUUGAGGCAAGACAUGUUGAUCCAGCCUUGGGACAAUUCAACUUUGGAGCCACCGAGAAUCUCUUUGGUACUCCUCGCGAAGGACAGUUUCAAAUCGACAACAACACUACAUGGGCCUCUGCUUUUGGAAGAGAUCAGUAUGAUUUCGGUCAUGAGAAUCAGGGUAUGGACUUGCCUCAAGAACAGUUCGGCCCUAUGUACCACAGUGGUCCUGUCCUCAACUAUGACCCGGCUCUACAGCAGUAUCCUAACGAUCAGCUAAACAGCUGGAGGAUGCCUCUCACAGCUACACAACCCUUCUUUGGAAACAACAACUACCAGGCUGCAAACCAGCAGCAAACUCAGUACCCUGGUGGAAAUCACCAGGACUACACUGGAGGCUACAGUCAGGUCCCACAUCAGCAAGGCAACAACGAUUAUCAGGCUGCAAACGAACAGCAAUCUCAAUACCUCGGCAGAGGCUACCACAGACACCCUGGAAGCCUUCAUCAGGCUCUUCCUUCUGAUCACAGAACCGAUUUCCCUGGCCUUCCAAAUUCGCAGCAGUACAACAACCCUUCCCAAGAGCAAGCAUCACCUGGUUAUCUUCCCAUGUAUAGCACACCACGCACUUCCGCUGCCUAUGGUGUCCCCCUUUCCGCUGCCUCUGGUCACCAGCAUGUUCUAACCAGCACUGAGUCGGUCAGCACCGAACCAGCCAGCACUGAGCCGGUCCAGAAGUCAAAGCGAAAGUCAACAAACCACAAGUCAACAAACCACAAGUCAGCAACGCGCAAGUCAACAAACCGCAAGAAAGGUGACGCCGAGCACGAAGAGAAUCAGGAAGAGAAAGAUAAGGAAGACAAGGAUGCCGAAAAGAAGAACAAAGGUGAUAAAGGCGUCCAAACAAAGGAAAGAAAGCAGCAGGACAUAAGAGAUAGACAAACUCUCAGCCGCCUUCGCGAUGAGGCAGCUUCCAGAGCGUUUGAGAUGGCCUCUCAAUACGUCCCUGCUGGUGCAGCAAGGAUUGCUCUUCAACAGCAAUUCGAUCUAGUUGGGGAGUUGGGCGGAGAGACCGAUCGCAACACUGAAGCGUACAUCAUCUGGAACUCUACCAGAGCAGAUCUCAGAAAGACCGAUCGAGCUGUGCCUGAACGCAAGAAGGACGACUGA